UUACCUCGGGUCCAGCAGGUCCGGGUCGGUGAACUACAUGCCCCCGCCGCAUCCUGCCCUCAUCCUCACCCAGUCAAUCCUCAACCGCCAAUUGCGCACGAUCAGGCAUGUCUUCGUCUACUGUGAAAUGGGAGCCUCGCUGCACGAUAGCAGAAGCGGACAAGAUUAUCUGUGCCCCAGGCACUCUGUACGAACUCGACACUUUGUUGAUCGACGGGCGCCUCCAGCGGGUGUACAAGAACCUCUGGCCCUCCCUUCGAGCUUUCUGGCUGGCAGCCUUUGACUUAUACAAGGACAGAACAUAUGUGGUCUUGGGGAAACAGAAAUAUACAUAUUCAGAGAUGGCAGAUCGCUCUGGCAAAGCAGCCUAUCACUUUGCCAAGGUGUAUGGCGUUAAGAAAGGCGAUCGAGUCGGAAUAUGCUCUCGCAACAUACCUGAGUACCUGAUGGCCUUCUGGGCUUGCCAUCUGCUUGGGGCAGUCACGGUUCUCGUCAAUGCGUGGCUUCCCACGGAUCAGAUGGUGCACUGUCUGGCGAAUACGCAGUGCAAGCUGGUCAUAUUGGACUUCGAACGAGCAGAUCGUCUGGAAGAAAGUGUCAAAAUUUUGGUGAAGAAGUCUGGGGCGACCGGCGUUCUUGUCUUUCCGGGACACCCGACCAAGUCCCAUUGGAAGGGGAUGCGUCCGUGGAUCAUGGUGAAUGACGAACGCCGAGACGACGUCGAGCGGUUUCUGCGAACUGAUCCGCAAAUUGGGCCGGAGGACAAUGCUUCAAUCUUCUUUACUUCAGGAACUACUGGCCCACCUAAGGGUGUCCUCAGCACUCAACGUCAAUUCCUAACCAACGUGUUGAAUGUGAUGGUUCCGCGACACAGAGCGUACCUCCGACGAGGUGAAAAGAUCCCGGUGGUGGACGCUCGCAGUCCACAGUCAAGCAUGUUGCUAUCCAUCCCGUUCUUCCAUGUCAGAGUACUGACAUCGCUCACGAUGACCGUAACUCUCGGUGGGGGCAAGCUUGCGCUGAUGCACAAAUGGGAUGUGAAAGACGCCGUCAAGAUCAUCAGACAAGAACGGUUGACUGCCGCAGGAGGUGUGCCAACCAUGGCAGUUGAACUCGUCGAGAGCGACCUUGUUGGUUAUCCUCUCGAAGCCAUUUCAUUCGGUGGUGCUCCCACUCCCCACCUUUUCCCCGCAAGAGCACGUUCCGUCUUUGCCAAUGUCAACUUGAUCCACGGAUACGGUAUGACCGAGUCAAACAGCCUCGCAGCGUCCAUAGCCGGGGAAGAUUGUCCAGCACACCCAACAAGCUGCGGCCUUGGACUCCCGGUGACCGAGAUACGCAUCGUGGAGGACGGGAAAGUGCUUGCCUCAGGCCAGGUCGGCGAAAUCUGGAUUCGCGGUCCGAAUGUGAUGCAAGGUUACUGGCUAGAUCCAGAAGCAACGGACAAGGUUGUCACCAAGGACGGUUGGCUGAUGUCGGGGGACAGCGGUUACAUGGACGAAGAGGGAUUCCUGUAUCUCCGUGACAGGAUCAAGGACAUCAUCAUCCGUGGCGGGGAAAACAUCAACUCGAUAACUGUCGAAAACGCAUUGUUCACAGAUGGGGUGCUCGAAGCCGUCGCUGUCGGAAUCCCAGAUAACAGGCUCGGCGAGUUGGUUGCCGCUGUCGUCAGCGUCAAAGCCAGCGAGAGACAUAGGAUCACCGAAAGCGUGCUGAUCGAAUUGGCUCGCAGUCGCUUGCCCAGUUUUGCAGUGCCAGUAAUGGUUCUAGUCCAAGACGAGCUGCCUCACAAUCAGGCGGGUAAACCUCUCAAGAAGAUAAUCCGAGAGGCGGCGGCACAAGAAUGGCAGAAGAGGGGAGGGAAAACAGUUUCUAAGCUUUGAAGACGUGCAUGUAGCCGAUAUGCGUGUCUUACAAUAUUGAAUUACUCGUAGAAGAAAGAGGUUGAAUGGCCAUGGCGUCAUA